AUGUUGCCCGGACUUCGGCGCAAACGAACACACCGCAACUAUAUAACACAAGCCCAGGGGGUUAACGUACGAGGCUCCGACCAGAGCAGCCACGGCCGCCGAGACUCGGAGGAGGCGAAAGCGACAAAUGUCCGAGACGUGCCAGGCCGAGAAGGAACGAGCAACGAACCGCCGCGGAAUGGGCAACAUCUGAUUCGACAAGGGCCCCUAGGAUUACCUAGUCGGCCGCACCGGGCAGCCACCCCAGAGGAAGAAGCGAAAAAGGACGAGCGAGGGCACGCGGAGGGGCGCCAUAACGGGGACAUCAUGAGGGGAGGCCGACAUAAAGAAACGAAGGGAGAAGAGAUCGAAGGCAGCGGGCAGAGCCCAAUUACAUCCGAGGGGGUGGACGAGAUGCCCCGCGCUACACACGACGGCCGCCACCACGCAACUGGAACACGGCAUGAGCGAGCGGCCGGACGGGUGAAACCAUGGGUCCCCCGCCCGAGCAAAGAUAGAACUCAAACUAGCCCCAAGCCGGGGAAGCUCGGGAGCCCAGCAAGAGCCACCCAAGGGGCAACGACAAUGAUCAAGAGGAGGAACCGGCCGCGGACGACCGACCCAGCAACGCGCGUGAGAAACCCCACCCCGCUCUAA